AUGUUUCGUCUUUUUAACGUCUUCCAAUAUGCAAGAAUGAGCACUAUUUCUUCUGCGAUAAAUUUACCAACAAUAUAUGCACUUUCAACACCUCCAGGACAAAGAUCAGCAAUUGCGCUCAUUAGAGUUACCGGUACUCAAUCGAAAUAUAUUUAUCAUAAAUUAACUGGCAAAGAAAAGAAUCCGGUUCCCAGAAAGGCGAUGUACCGGAAUCUGUAUAUGCCAGGAUCGAAUAUCUUAUUAGAUUCGACGAUAGUUCUAUAUUUCAAAGCUCCGCAUUCCUUCACUGGUGAAGAUAUAAUAGAACUUCAUUGUCAUGGGGGCAGGGCAGUUACAUCUGCAAUUUUGAACUCCAUUCAAGCAUUAAAUGAUAUGGAGAACGGUAUUGAUAUACGGUAUGCCGGACCUGGUGAAUUCUCUCGAAGAUCUUUUCAAAAUGACAAAUUUGAUUUGACUGAAUUAGAAAGUAUAAACCAAUUGAUCGAUUCUGAAACGGAAUUGCAAAGGAGAUGUGCGUUAUCUAGCUUUAAUGGUGAGAAUAAGGUAAUGUUUCAGAAUUGGAGACAAACCCUAAUUGAAAAUAUGGCACCAUUAACCGCCAUAGUGGACUUCGGUGAAGAAAUCGAAAUCGAAGGUAUGGAAUCGAUCCUGAACAACAUUAAAAGGGAUGUAUUAAAAUUAAAAAAAGAGGUGCAAAGUUUUAUUGAAAGGAUAGAGAAAUCAUCUAUUCUACAGAAUGGUAUUAGAAUAAGCUUACUGGGGAAACCGAAUGCGGGGAAAUCAUCAUUGAUAAACAGUCUUACUAAUAAUGACGUUUCUAUUGUAAGUUCGAUUCCUGGAACAACUAGAGAUUCUAUUGACGCUCCUAUUGAUAUUAACGGAUAUAAAGUAAUUAUUACUGAUACAGCUGGGUUAAGAGAACAGUCAGAUGAUAUCAUUGAAAAUUUGGGUAUCGAGAGAGCCAUCGAGAAGAGUAAACGAAGUGAUAUAUGUUUAUUUGUUUUAGAGGCAGACAGUUCUAUGAAAAUUGAUGAGUCCUUAAACAAACUACUUCUAUCAAAGGAGCUACAAGAUAAAAAGGUCAUCCUGGUCGUCAAUAAAGAGGAUUUAAUUAUAAAUAAGGAUGAACUUCGAACAAUGAUACAUAACUUAAACAAUGAAAUGAAAAACCAAUAUCCAAUUUUGCCGAUAUCUUGCCUCAAUCAAUGUGGUAUUUCUGAUCUUAUUGAUCUUUUGACAAAAGAGUUUAAAGAAUUAUCUGAUACAAGCGAUGGAGCAGAUCCUAUUAUUAUGUCCCAACGAGUAAAAGAUAUUUUAAUAAAUGACGUGAUAUUUGGGCUCAAUUCGUUUAUUGAUUGCUUGGAUAGUGAUAUAGAUAUUGUUCUCGCUACAGAGAAUUUGAAUUUGGCAAUUGAAGGAAUAGGUAAGAUAACUGGACAGGUAGUUGGGAUUGAAGAAGUGCUAGAUGUUGUGUUUGCCAACUUCUGUGUGGGUAAAUGA